AUGGAUUGUGGCUCAAAAUUUAUAGAGGAUUUAAUUGAAAACAAAUUGGAACAUUUUUAUUAUGAUGAUGCAAAACUUCUUGCUGAGGCUUAUCAUAAUAGAGCUGAUAAUGAACGUUCACUUCUAGUUUUGGCACAUUGUUUAACUCAAGCUAGAGGAUAUGAAAGUGCUUAUCAUUUACUUAGAACUGUGAGCAAUCCAACAGCUGGCGCAGCGUUAAAUACAGCCAAGUGUAGAUAUUUGUUUGCUCAUUGUGCUUUUAUGUUGAACAGAGUUCAAGAAGCAGAACAGACAUUGAGAGGAACUUCAGUUUCUGAUCAAUUACAAUUACAUCCAUGUUUUACGGGUACAGUUACAUUGCCAUAUGCACAUUCUCUUUUGGCUCGAAUUUUAUGUGAAACUAACCGUGUUGAAUCAGCACGUAUUCAUUGGGCGCAAGCAAUUCGGUUAAAUCCAUUACUUUGGUCUGCUGUUCGUUCAUAUUGUGAUGUUGGAGGAGAAAAAAUGGUCGAAUUAUUACAGCCUUCUUUGGAUGAGUUAGCAGAAUGGAAAUCUGCAAAUAAUAUUAUUGAUGAUUUAAUUGAAUCUAAAGAACAAGAUAAUACUGGAGAGCGCGGGCAACGUUUGGCAUCGAAAAUAGCUAGCGGGAGAAUUAAAAGCAGCUCUGCAUCUGUUAAUUCAAAAAUUUUGUCGUCAGCCGCUCCAUCUUCACCUAUUGGAAAUCCAGCUGCUGCGCAAACGGCGGCAACAACAAUAAUUGAAAGGAGAAGAACACGGCUUCGUGCUGCUGACAACCGUCUCACAGCAGCAGCUGCAGCAUCAAUUGCCCUUCGUGCAAGUGAAAACUCUCCUCUUACACGUUCUUCAAAAUUGGUUGAUUCUACUUCACCUGGAUCUGGUGGUGGUUUGUUGUUGAUUGAACAACAAAAACAACAAGAUGAAAAAGAACAACUUUUACUUCAACAAUUAAAACAACAAACAGUUGGAAAACGAAUAACUCGAAGAACAGCAAAUGCUACAGCAAUAGCUGCUGUUUCUGCAACAUCUCAAAAAUUAAAUCAGGACAACAUUCAAUUAAAAUUUAAUGAAAAAUCAAAGGGAAACAAAAUUUAUUAUGAAUUAUUGGAAUGGAUAACACAAUUGGCGCGUGUUCAGGAAUGUCUUUCGCGUUUUCGUUGUAUUGAAGCUCUUUCAUUGUUAAAUAAAAUUGAUCCACAAUUUUUGCAAAUGCCUUUAACUUUGGAACUUCGGGCUAGAAUAUUUUUUGAAAAUGGAGAAUAUAGACGAUGUUGUCAAAUUUUUGAUGAAAUUCGACGUCUUUACCCUCGUCGUGUACAAGGAAUGGAAAUUUAUAGCACAGCAUUAUGGCAGAUGCAUGACACUACAAAAUUGUCAGCAUUGGCGUCUGAAAUGGCAGACGUGGCACGUGAUCAACCAGAGACUUGGUGUAUUGCAGGAAAUUGUUUUAGUUUGGAAAAACAACAUGAAACAGCGAUUGAAUGUUUGGAACGUUCUAUACGUUUAAAUCAUCGUUUUGAUUAUGCUUAUUCAAUUUUGGGACAUGAAUUGAUAGAUAUGAAUGAUUUGGUACGUGCUGAACAAGCAUUUCGUAAAGCUAUUGUUUAUGCGCCAAAUGAUUAUAGAGCUUGGUAUGGAUUGGGAUUAGUUCACUUUAAGGAGGAAAAAAUUCAACUCGCUCGUGUCAAUUUACAACGUGCCGUUCAAAUAAAUCCUACAAAUACCGUUUUACUUUGUCAAUUAGCUGUUAUUGAACAAUCACUUCAUUGUACUGAUUUGGCUAUGCAAUAUCUGGAACGUGCUCUAAAACAACAGCCAAAUAAUGUUGCUUGUCGUUUUCAUAAGGCAAGACUUUUAUUUGAUACAGGAUGUUAUGAAGAAGCCAAAACAGAAUUAGAGGAAUUAAAAGUAUUAUCACCAGACGAGGCACAUGUAUUUUUCCUUUUGGGACGAGUGAACAGAAAAUUGGGAAAUACACAUUUGGCACUACUCAAUUUUAGUAUGGCAACUGAAAUUGACCCACGUGGGGAGCAAAAUCAAUCAGUUUUAACUACAAAUAAAGAGCCAUAUGAUGAUGAACCAAUUUAA